AAAGCCACGUGGCGACUCUUCUCUGAAGUCGUCUUUUUAUACAGAAACAAAAGAGGUUUUAGUUUGUUAUUAAUUGUAGAGAAGCUUCUCUUUUGAUUCUCUCUAUUCUCUCUCUCAUCUCUCUUUCUUCAUCACCUCUUGGAGCCUCGAUGGUGAAGAAUAUUCUGGUGACCGGCGGUGCUGGUUACAUCGGAAGUCACGCGGUGCUUCAGCUUCUUCUCCGGGGAUACACCGCUGUUGUAAUCGACAACCUGGACAAUUCAUCUCUCGUUUCGAUCCAACGCGUCAAGGAGCUCGCCGGAGAUCGUGGAGAUAAUCUCACAUUCCACCAGGUGGACCUUUGCGAUAAACCCGCGCUUGAGAGGCUUUUCUCCCAAUCCAAGUUUGAUGCAGUGAUGCAUUUUGCUGGAUUGAAAGCAGUUGGGGAGAGCGUAGCCAAACCUCUUCUCUAUUAUAACAAUAACUUGAUUGGCACUAUUACUCUCUUGGAAGUCAUGGCCGCCCACUCUUGUAAAAAAGUAUGCCUCCCCUUUUCUUCUUCUGCACUUUUGAGACUUGUGUUAACUCUGGGAUGUGAAACAUUGUUUGUAACUCUAUAUCAUCUUUUACUGUUCCAGCUUGUAUUUUCAUCGUCGGCUACUGUGUAUGGAUGGCCAAAGGAGGUUCCUUGUACUGAAGAGUCCGCCCUCUCUGGAAUGAGUCCUUAUGCUAGAACUAAGCUCUUCAUUGAGGACAUUUGCCGUGAUGUACAACGUGGUGAUCCUGAAUGGAGAAUCAUUAUGCUCAGAUACUUUAACCCUGUCGGUGCUCACCCUAGCGGUCGCAUUGGUGAGGAUCCUUGUGGCACUCCUAAUAACCUCAUGCCUUAUGUCCAGCAAGUCGUUGUUGGCAGGCUCCCUAACCUCAAAAUUUAUGGAACUGACUAUACCACUAAAGAUGGCACCGGUGUACGAGACUAUAUUCAUGUUGUUGAUCUAGCAGAUGGCCAUAUAUCUGCUCUUCAAAAGCUAGAAGACUCUAAAAUAGGUUGUGAGGUAUACAACCUGGGAACCGGAAAAGGAACAACGGUGUUGGAGAUGGUUGAUGCAUUUGAAAAAGCUUCGGGAAUGAAAAUCCCAGUGGUGAAGGUUGGAAGAAGACCAGGUGAUGCAGAGACGGUCUACGCAUCAACAGAAAAAGCUGAACGUGAACUAAACUGGAAGGCAAAGUAUGGAAUAGAAGAGAUGUGUAGGGACCAAUGGAACUGGGCAAGCAACAAUCCUUUCGGUUACGGUUCUUCACCAGACACGACAACAUAACAAAAAGCUAAAUCACCAUUCCUUUUCGGUCUUUAUGUUGCACCACUCAGAUUCAUAUUCAUGCUCAGGUUUAAGCUUUUGCAGCCAAAACACACAGAGUAAGAGCUACUUACUUGAAUAUUCAUAUAUGUUUUGCUUUCUCCUCUUGUAAUUUAUAUUUUUUUACAUACACACGCUUAGGCUUAACUUAAGUGGAUUCUUUUUUUAUUUAUUGGAUUUGUAUCAUCUUCCUUAGGAAUUUAUUUGUUUCAUGUUAUCUAUGGGAUUAUUAUUUGUAUUAAACAGAAACUGGAUUUAGUAUUUUUAUUCGAUUAUAU